AUGGGCCAAUCAUCUUCAAAUCAAUCUAGCAGCGACACCUACCUAGCCCAGCCGAGUGGUAGCUGUUGUCUCAAAGGCACCAUCCACGAGGGCCAAUCUAGAGGCACUUGGGAGACCAUCGCGGACGUUGAGACCUACAUCUCAAAGCCCAACCCUGAGAAAGACAAUGGAAAUAUACUCCUCUACUUUCCAGACGUAUGGGGCAUGUUCCCCAAUGGGUUGCUGGUCAUGGACGCCUUCGCCGAUGCAGGGUACUUGGUCCUUGGUCUGGACUACUUUCGUGGGGACCCUGUUUGGAAGCACCGGAAAGAUCGCCAUACCCAGAAUCCAGAUUUCGAUUAUGAGGCCUGGAAGCGGAAGCACACGGCAUUCGCAGACGAGGCAGUUCCCAAAUGGGUUACCGCUGUAAAGAAGGCCUACAGCACAAGUACAACGAAGUUUGCUUGUGUUGGUUACUGCUUUGGAGCGCCGUACGUCUGUAAUGAACUGAAAGGCGAUACUGUGACAGUUGGAGCAUUUGCCCAUCCGGCAUUCCUCAAAGAACAUCAUUUCACUGACCUUAAGAAGCCUUUGUUUCUCUCAUGUUCAGAAAUUGAUCAUACGUUCGAUGUUCCUUCCCGACGACGAGCGCUGGACAUUUUACAAGAUAAGAAGAAGAUCUUUCAUUACCAGGUCUUUUCUGGUGUUGAGCAUGGAUUUGCUCUCAGAGGAGAUCCGAAGGAUCCCUACCAACGCGAGAUUGGCAAUGGCCGUGCGGCUGCCAUCCUCCUUGCCCGUCACGGUGCUAAGGUCGCUUUGGUUGACUUUAACGUGGACUGGGCCAAGGAGACGAAGCGAAUGAUUGACGAGGAAGGUGGCAUUUCCGAGGUUAUCCAAGCCGAUGUGACACAAGAGGAGUCGUGCAAGAAUGCUGUUGAUAAAACGGUAGAAAUGUGGGGAGCUCUUCACAUUCUUGUCAAUAUUGUCGGCGUGGGCGGGGCGAUCGGUGAUGCUACCACAAUCAACCUGGAUGCUUGGGAGAGAGAUUUCCGCAUCAAUGUCACUAGCAUGGUGAUGAUGAGUCGACACGCUAUUCCCGAGAUGAGAAAGCAGGGUCGAGGAUCCAUUGUUAACAUGUCCUCCGUGAGCGGAUUACUUGGCGGAAAUCCCAGCUUGCUCUACCCUACCACCAAGGGAGCCAUCAUUCAAAUGACACGUGCCAUGGCUGCUCACCAUGGGCGUGAGAACAUCCGCGUCAAUUGCGUUGCUCCCGGCAUGGUCUUUACACCCAUGACAAGAGGGCGUGGCAUGACAGAUGAAAUGAGACAAGCCAGAAUUAACCAGAACUUGAUGAAGAAGGAGGGAACUGGAUGGGAUGUCGGUUAUGCUAUCUUGUUUUUGGCUAGUAAGGAAGCUGGUUGGAUCACAGGUCUUAUCAUGCCUGUCGAUGGAGGAACAACAGCUGGUAAGGCGGACAGACCGGCUCUGAAGGCUGACACAUUGGCUGCGGAAAACACGGGCGUUUCGAACUGA